UGAAUUUCAAGUCGAUAAUAGCCGCCACCGACACCUAUCACCUAUUUUUGUAACUUAUCUACAGUUUUAUUCAUUGACGGUAAGCAUCUGAUCGAAACAAUUCGGACGCAGGAUCAUAAACCGGACCCAUUUCCACCACCAGCUGUUUUGACACUCUCAUUAGAUGAUGACUCAGUUAACGGCGGAAGAAAAGUUCCAGUUGAUAACCCGAAACCUCGCAGAGUGGCUGGGUGAGGACAAACUUAAAAGCAUCCUCAAGGAGAGAGACUUGAAAGUGUACUGGGGCACAGCGACAACAGGGAAACCCCAUAUUGGAUAUUUUACUCCCCUGUCUAAAAUCGCUGACUUCCUUAAAGCCGGAGUCGAAGUCACGAUCCUGUUUGCGGACCUUCACGCUUAUUUGGACAACAUGAAGGCACCAUGGGAUCAACUCGCCCUGAGGGUUCAAUACUACGAGGCGGUCAUCAAAGCGACACUCAGAUCCAUCGGAGUUCCAUUGGAUAAACUUAAAUUUGUCAAAGGAACAGACUAUCAACUGUCCAAGGAGUACACUUUAGAUGUAUACAAACUGACAGCAUCAGUAACCGAACACGAUGCCAAGAAAGCUGGUGCUGAAGUAGUGAAGCAGUCAGCAGAUCCUUUGCUGUCAGGACUCCUUUACCCCGGGCUGCAAGCUCUAGACGAACACUAUCUAGGAGUUGAUGCUCAGUUCGGUGGCGUUGAUCAGCGGAAGAUAUUUACAUUUGCCGAAAAAUAUCUGCCUAAACUUGGAUAUGAGAAGCGGAUUCAUUUAAUGAAUCCUAUGAUUCCUGGACUCGCUGGCUCUAAAAUGUCAUCAUCAGAAGAAGAUUCAAAAAUCGAUUUACUCGACAACGCAGCGGCGAUAAAGAAAAAACUUAAAAAAGCAUUUUGCGAGCCCGGAAAUAUCAUCGACAAUGGAAUCCUCGCAUUUUCUAAACACGUAAUAUUUCCGAUGAUGAAAACCGGGGAGAAAUUCCUCGUUCCAAGAGCUAAAGACUUCGGGGGCGAAAUUGAAUUCGAUAAAUAUGAAGACCUGGAAGCAGCGUUUGCCAAAGAGAUAAUUCAUCCUGGUGAUCUGAAAGCUGCUGCCGAAGUUCUUAUCAACAAAUUAUUGGAUCCUAUUCGCAAAGAGUUUGAAUCAGAUCCGAAUUUAAAGACUUUGUGUAACAAAGCGUAUCCGCCACCUGGCAAAGAAAAGAAACAAGAUAAAAAAAAUCCACCAGCAAAUACUGAAGUUGAGCCAUCGCGACUUGACAUCCGUGUGGGAAAAAUCGUCCAGGUCUCAAAACACCCGGACGCAGAUUCACUGUACGUUGAAAAAAUAGAUCUGGGUGAAGAUUCCGGUCCCAGGACAAUCGUCAGUGGCCUCGUUAAUUUUAUUCCCAUCGAGCAAAUGCAAGACCGCAUGGUAGUGGUCCUCGCAAACUUGAAACCGGCAAAUUUACGUGGUGUCGCUUCACAUGGAAUGGUCUUGUGCGCUUCUGUAGACGGGGAAGAGAGAAAAGUUGAGCCGCUGAGACCACCAGCAGACGCAGCGCCCGGUGACAGGGUAAUUGUUGAUGGGUAUGAGACUGGUGCGCCCGAUGAUGUUUUGAAUCCCAAGAAAAAAGUAUGGGAAAAAUUAGCCGUUGACCUGGUGGUCAAUGCCGAGGGUGAAGCUUCUUGGAGCGGCAAAUUGCUGCUGACAUCAACCAAAGGAAAACUCACUGCCGACUCUCUUAAAAAUGUUCCAAUUAAAUAGAAAAAAAAUAAAUAAUCAAUUCUUAGUAAUUUAAAUUUAAAUAAACUUUUUUUACUUGAUAACAGUGAUGGGCAUACUUAAGUACAUUUGUAUUUUAAGUACUAAUUAAAUAAUAAAUACUUUGAUAUAUAAUAAUUUUUUUUUUGUAGAGUAAAAAUAUACAAGUAAUUAGUAUUUUGAACAAGUACUAAAUACGACAUACCGAAGUACUUAGUAUUUUAUUUAUUAUCUAAUUACAAAUACUUUUAAUUUUUCCUAGUACUAAAUACAAUAGUAUUUAGUAUUUUAUUUUUAAACUAAAUAAGAAUACUUUUGUACUCAUAGAACGGUUCAAGUACUAAGUACAUUUGUACUGAGAUUAAAAGUUGCAUUUAAAUACUAGAUCAUUGGAAUUUCUAACAAAAAAUAAUUAAAAACUCCCAGAGUAUUUUUUAGAUUGACUAUAGAAGUUGAGCCAAUAAUAAAUUAAAACGAUUAAACCUUUUAACUCUACAAGAACUUUUUAUUUUAAAUUUUAUGUCAAUAGAAAAAAGUUUUUUUUUUUUUUUAAGAACCCGUAAAGAAAUGAUGUUAUAAAAUUUAAUAUAAUAAUUUUUGCUCGGGUAUAUAAAAAUGAUUGAUUAGAUUACUGGUUGAAGCUGAAACAUAAACUGUACGCGUGCACUUAUUUGAACUAAACAGUAUAAAUUUGACAAUAAUAUAUUAAUAUCAUCUAAUGAAUAAAUUUGACUAUUAAAAUCUUAGGAGUGCAAUAGUAUAUUCAAAAAUGAUAAUUUUAAGUCUCAAUCGUCGUAUGUAAAGUUCUGGUAGUGAAAGAAUAAGUAUUAAAAAUUUUUUUUUAAUAGAUACUGUGACUAUUAUAAGUUCUAAUUACAAUUGUGCUUAGUACUUAUAUCAAAUUUAAGUAAAAAGUACUACAACAAGUACAAUGUAUUCAGUAUAGAUAAAUCGUAAAAAAUACUAAGUUACAAACUAUUUAGUACUUUGUCUGUUUCUGAGGAUAAGUAUUUUUUAGACACGUACCAAUAAUUCAUUUGGGUUUCAAGUCAAAUUUUACUUAAAUAUUCAAUAUUUAUUAAAUGCUAUUUUGCCCAUCCCUGCUUGAUAAUUAAAUUUUUUUUUUCAAA